AUGCAUCAUAUCACAGGUUACCGUCCCGACGGUAAGGGCAAGGGGACUGUCCACAGGAUCAGUCAGGUGGUGGAACGGAGCAUGGGUAUGCUUCAGAGCGAAAGGGAAUGCGAGGAUGACAAGGAUGACAAGGGUAAGGUCGGGCAUGAGAAGUCCGUGGAUGGCAUCCAGUUCGUGCUACCUACCGACUCUUACCCAUAUCGUGUACUGCAUGCAUAUACAUCAUCAUCAUCUCCUGGUGCUGCGAGAUGUUGGGUUCCAUGCAUCGACAAUCUGUGGGAGAAGUGCACUUGGGAGUUCAAAUUUGUUGUUCCUCGCUAUCUCGAAGAGCCUGAUCCUGGUCACUGCGGAGAGAAAGGUGAUUUUGAAGAGUCCCAGGAGUCUAUCUCGACGGUAGUUAUCUGCAGUGGCGACCUUGUGGAACAGGCAUGUCACCCACAUAUUUCUCUUUGGGCGGGCUAA